AUGGCAAAUGAGGGUCGAUCAGAUAGCUUUGGAAAGGCUCAUAAAUCUCUUAAUGUAAUGCACAAACCCAUCGGGCAAUUCGCCAAAGGAACUGGAUUUUAUAGAAAUGGACAAUGUGAUGUGGGACCAGAGGAUACGGGAAACCAUUCGAUAGCCGCAACCCUAACAGAUAGCUUCCUCGAUUUCUCCGCUUCCCGCGGCAACAACCUUCGCGAUAUUGGCUUGACUGGGGGGAAGAAAUGGUGUCUAUGUGCUAGUCGCUGGAAGGAAGCAAUGGAAGCUGCGAAGAAUUCUAGUCAGGAGGAUUUAGUACCCAAGGUGCAUUUACAUGCUACACACGAGAGAGCUUUAGAUGCGGUAUCAAUGGAAGAUCUCAAGAAAUAUGCAGCAGAGCCCGAAGCCGCAAACGCAAGUACGGUUCCUCAGAGUAGAAAGGGAAAUAGUGGGCCAGGGGGUGUGCCGACAAAGGAGAGGACCGAGUUGGCUGGAACGGGAGAUAUGACGUCGGGGCGACAGAAGGGAAAUUAUUAG